GGAGAGGCAAACGCUGGCAAACCAGACAAAUACAAAUGUUAUUUUCCUACGAUGAUUGACGACUGGAGAAAGAAAUUUAAUGUCGCUUCAGGAACACCCGCAAAUUUUCCGUUCGGUUUUGUACAGCUCGCUCCCAAUCGUAAUGAUCCCUCUGUGAUAACUGGAUUCCCGGAUAUUCGCUGGCACCAAACAGCAGACUAUGGAUACGUCCCUAACUACAGAAUGCAGAAUGUGUUCAUGUCUGUAGCUAUGGAUCUACCUGACUACAAGUCACCAUACGGAAGUGUUCAUCCGCGAGACAAAGAGGACGUGUGUCAUCGCCUUGCUUUGGCUGGUCUGUCUGUUGCUUAUAACAUGCAAGUAGGUCCAUUCCAGGGACCUAACAUUACGGCCUUUUACGCAGAGAUUGGAUUUUUUACUAUCGGUUUUGAGUUUGAUAAUGCAGUGGAAAUAGAAGUCAGGUCAAAGGCUGGAUUUGAGCUUUGUUGUUCUACCAAUAACCAGUCAAAAUGUGAUGGAACAGAUUCAGUGUGGAUGGAAACUCCCAUCAUAAAGGAGGAACCUCACAAAAUAACCGUCUCCUAUAACGGCACAUGCUCCAACAAAUACGUCAUGGGGUACCGUUACGCAUGGCGGGAAUCCCCCUGCCCUUUUAAAAUGUGUGCCCUGUAUGUAAAGGGCACUGAUAUCCCCUUUGCUCCGAUGUUCGGCAAGGGAUUAAUAAACUCUAAACAUGUGAAAUUUUAUUGGAAUAAAAUUCCAAUUUUUGUGAAAUAAAAAACUAUGUAACUACGCUUAUUCU